GGCGUUUUUCUGGCUUGUAUCGCUGCUCCUGGCAUCCCUGAUCUGGUUCAUUUCGGUUCAUCUCAGCGACCGGGAGGACGCCAAGCUGCAGCACGGCCUCCUGAUCUUCGGGGCUGCCGUCUCCGUCUUGUUGCAGGAGGCUUUCAGAUUCGCCUACUUCAAGCUGCUGAAGAAAGCAGAUGAAGGCCUGGCGACAAUCAGCGAGGAUGGCCGGUCCCCCAUCUCCCUCAGGCAGAUGGCUUAUGUCUCAGGCCUGUCUUUUGGCAUCAUCAGCGGCGUGUUUUCCGUCAUUAACGUCCUGUCAGACUCCAUGGGGCCGGGCAUCGUCGGGAUCCACGGGGACUCGCCGUACUACUUCAUCACGUCCGCAUUCCUCACCAUGGCUCUUGUCUUGCUCCACACCUUCUGGGGAGUGGUCUUCUUCGAUGCCUGCGAAAAACGCCGCUAUUGGUGCCUGGGGCUGGUGGUUGCCAGUCACCUCCUCGCCUCAGGGCUG